CAGGGGGAGGGGGAGCAUGGAAAGAGCCUUCUAUGUAGCUACGUGCUGAGUCACUUUGGAGUAGGGUGGAAAGCAGUUGUGGAGCCCCACUUCCAGCCAAUGGAGGUGCUUGGUUAAAGAAGGCAACUUAGAGGCUCUUGCUUCUGGACCAUAGUAUGCAAGAAACCCGGGGCUUGCACUGGAGGAGAGCUGUGGGGGUAGUCUUCUGCUGCACGUGCCUGCGAAAGCGUGGCUCCCCAGGCGAGGUUCUCACCUGCCCCCAUCAAAAGAGAAGUCGCAGUGUUGCUUCCUGCUACAAGGAGAACAUGGAGUCGGUUGCAUCAGGGUUCCCACUUCUGGAAUGGAUCCACAGGGCAUCGUGCUUUGAUAGCCAGAGGCCAGGGAAAGAUAAUGACAUGGACCUUGGAACUCUCCAAAACCACAUCAACAGCACCUUGGACAAUGUUUAUGAGGAUGGUCUGGAAUCUGAAUGUGCUAGGCCCAUUUCCAACAGCAACCCUAUCUGCAAUGGCGAACAGGCCAGCCUUCUGACGAGAGGUGAUAUUGUCAAGCGUUCUCAGCCACUGCUCAUCCAAGCCAAUAGAAAACUGAAGGAGGAGGAGGAGGAGCCACGUGCCUUAUCUCUGCCCUCCAUCCCAAACCCUUUCCCGGAACUCUGCAGUCCCUCCAACUCACCCAUCCUCAGCAACUCCUCCCUGGGGCCAGGUUCACCACGAGAAGGCAGUUCUCAUGUAGUGAAGGUCUACAGUGAAGAUGGCACUUGCCGCUCAUUGGAAGUCACAGCAGGGACUACAGCUCGUCAUGUCUGUGAGAUGCUCAUACAGAAGACCCAUGCUUUGCAUGAUGAAUGCUGGUCCCUAGUAGAGGUUUAUCAGCACUUGGCUCUAGAGCGGUGCCUUGAAGAUCAUGAGUCUGUGGUGGAGGUUCAGGCCACAUGGCCUGUUGGGGGCGACAGCAGGUUUGUGUUCCGGAAGAACUACGCCAAGUACGAGCUGUUCAAGAACUCACCACAGUCCCUGUUUCCUGAAGUCAUGGUUUCCAGCUGCCUGGAUGCAGCCAACAAGGGCAUGUCCCACUCAGAACUUAUACAGAAUGUGCUAAAUUCAGGAAGCUGCCCUGAAAUCCAAGGGUUCCUACACCUGAAAGAAGUUGGACGCAAAGUAUGGAAAAGGUUUUACUUCUCCUUACGGCGCUCUGGGCUCUAUUACUCAACAAAAGGCACAUCAAAGGACCCCCGACACUUACAGUAUUGUGUUGAUAUAAAUGAAUCCAACAUCUACUACAUAACCCAAGGGAAAAAGCAAUACAGCACCCCAACAGAAUAUGGCUUUUGCAUCAAGCCGUGCAAGGCACGCAGUGGGGUUAAAGGUCUGAAGCUCUUCUGCAGUGAAGAUGAGCAAAGUCGCACAUGCUGGAUGGCUGCCUUCCGCCUCUUUAAGUAUGGCAUACAGCUCUACAGAAACUACCAGCAGUGUCAGGCACGGCAAAGGGAACCAGCCUGGAUUGGGCCUGUACCACUGCGGAAUGUAUCCGAUAACACCUUGGUGGCCAUGGACUUCUCGGGUUGUACGGGCCGAGUGAUUGAGAAUCCCAACGAAGCACUGACAGUAGCUUUGGAGGAGGCUCAGGCGUGGAGGAAGAGGACAACUCACCGAUACAGCCUGCCCACCCCGUUCCAGAGUUCAUCAUUCAGUGCUGCCAUCCACAGAACCCAGCCAUGGUUCCACGGACACAUUUCUAGAGAAGACACCCAGCGCCUUAUAAUUCAGCAGGGACUGGUGGAUGGGGUCUUCCUGGUGCGGGAGAGCCAGCGGAACCCCAAAGGCUUUGUCUUGUCACUCUGUCACCUGCAGAAGGUGAAGCACUACCUUAUACUUCCGAGCGAGGAAGAAGGGCACCUCUACUACACCAUGGAUGACGGGCAGACUCGCUUUGCUGACCUGAUCCAGCUGGUGGAAUUUCACCAAAUCAACCGUGGCAUCCUGCCUUGCAAGCUGAAGCACUACUGCACAAGUGUUGCCUUAUGAUAAGCUGUCUUCCCAAAGGGCCUUUUCCCAUACCCCAUCCUCCAGAUUGGCCAUGGCCAGCAAAAGGGAGGGGAUAUGACGAGCAGGUCUUCUUGAACUCUGCACACCGGGAUCGACUCCGAACUUUUAAUUGCUCCUUGACCCCACCUUCAGCCACUGCAAGUGACCUAGUUCAAGCCCUCCCAUUCCACCACCCAUCGGGAAGUCUUGAAUUUUUUUUUAGAAACUUGGGGAUGGAUUUGAAGUCACUGUGAUAAGUGCUAUCAUACAAACUGCAUAAGGGGACACCAUAACCCAGCAAAAGGGAAACAGCAUCCAUUUGCCCACCGAGUGUCCCUCUCCACUUCAGGGCUUUGUGCUUGCUCUGAUCCAGAGCUUGCUUUGCCACCGCAUGUAAGAGAUUUUGCUGCUGCUUCAGUCGCUAUAUGCUCCCAGCUUCCUAAUGUGAUUUUAAAGUUCUCAUUUUCUGAGAGUUGUCUUGCAGGUUUGUCAUGCUUUUUGUAUUCUUUCAAAAACCUGUUUGACCAGAGGCAACAGCAGGAUAAAAGAAAUAUUGGAUGUACACACCAUGGGAAGCAAUUCCUCUUGCGCACUACUUUCAGCUCUUAUUUUUUUAAAAAAUUGCUUGUCUCCAGCUCAAGAUUCUCUGGGUUCUCUCACCUUUGUUAGGUAAGGAAGGAAAGACUUAAUUGCUCAAUAUCUCUCUCUCUCUCUCUCUCUCUCUCUCUCUCUCUGGUGCCUAGCAUCACCAUUUAUUUAAAUUAGCAGUCCCCUCUUUGUUGCUGAGCCCAUAGGCAGCAGUCUGGUGGAGAGUCCUGAGGGAAUCCAGCACCAGGAGGGAACAAUUGGAGAUGAUUUAAAAAAAAAAAAGGCCAAGCCAGCUGUUACCCAGGUAAAGGCCAAGCCUGUCUUGGAAACUUUUCUAGCUCUACCAGAUUAGGAGAGGCAUAUGAGAUGGGGGGAGGGGGUUGGAGUCAUCCUGGAGGAUAUCAUUUCCAAAGGAACUCUUCAAUCUGCAGUCCCUAGUGGCUUUUCACAAUGAAAAGCAGCAGAACAGAAAGUGUCUUGGUUCUAACCCAGCAGCACCCUCUGCCGCCCCCCAUACACUGUGGUAUUCCUUUUAGCUCUCUCUUCAGACACUGCAUCAUACAAACAUUUAAACCCAAAGGUUCUCUCUCCCCCACACCUACCCCAUUCUUACUGCAUAUUUGGUACAAUAUGGCCUAUACCACUGUGCUAUAAUUCCCAGCUCUCAUCUUCUCAUCUGUUGGGUUUUAUUGUGAGGUGGCUAGGGUUAUUGCAUCUAAGCAUCACAGACAAGGAAUGGAGUUAGGGAGAAUUGGUUUUCUCUCCUUGCAUGGGUUAAAAAUACCCUGGGGUUGGGAGGAGGGGAAGCAAGAAGGCUCUGUCGCUAACUUGUAAGAAUCUAUGAGGCCAGUAUCUACUGUGAUGAGUUGUGUAUAUAUAAGUGAUGAUAAUAAAUCUUAUUUUUUUCAUACCUUUGCUUUGAUUUUGUACACAAAUCACUUGUGAGAAAAGCACAAGCUAAGAGCAACCAUUUAAAUGGAUAGCAGCAAUCAACCUGUAAAGAAUCAACAGAUUAUUUUAUCUCUUUAUUUAUCUAAGACGCAAAACUUCUUACUCAAAUAAAAGUUUAUGUUUGAUAACUC